AUGGCCAACGAAAGGUCGCGCAGAGAUUCCUCUGAUCCGGCAGCAUUCAAGCAAGACGACCGUCUUGAUACAAAGCUCAUAGCAUAUAUCAAAGAGGAACAGACGUCAUCAGAUGAGUCGCGAGUAAAGCAGAAACCAGACACACGGCGCCAUAGAGCAUCAGUAGCAUGUACUUCGUGUCGAGAUCGACGCAUACGCUGCGUUGUACCUGCUGGUAAGAAAGCAUGUGUCCAGUGUGAGCGCUCGAGCACGCCUUGUAUCAUCAAAGACGACGAUGAAAGACGCAGACCUAUAUCACGCGCUUACGUUUACUCUCUUGUCGAAAGGGUUGCUCUGCUAGAGAAAAUACUUCGAGAUGAAGGCUUGACAGUGCCACAGCCCAACUACCCACCAGAAACACGACAACACUCUCGUCGAAGUGAACCCACCGUCUCUGCAGAUAAGAUAACCUCGUUUUCGUCUACGCCCCAAGACAGUUCCGUCUCGGACGAUCAUACAGCAUCAUCGCCAUGCUACUCUACCGUCGCUGUUCAAGAUGAGCAUCAGCCUCUGGUCACGAAGAAGCGAGCAUUAGCAGUUGUCGAUGCCGACCAUAGUAACUACCAAUGCAACAAGAAAAUGAGACAUGACAGUCUCAUCAUGUCAACGGACGUGAAGGAAGAAUCACCCGUCGAGGACACCCUUGCAUCCGCCAUUCAAUACGAUGAACCGUACAAUUUCAAUCAUACCGCGACAAUAACCCCACCAAUUCAGACUCCCUUUUGGCCAAUGGAAUAUGAUCACAACGGCGGUCUGACACUACUGCUUUCAGAAUCACAAGAGAGAGUUGUUGAGUAUCGCACAAGCACUCAGACAGAAGGGCAAUUACGAAUCUAG